AUGGCAGGCACAGCGCUGCCCCUCUGCCUGAUCCUCGCUGCCGCCCUGUGGGGUGGCCAGACCCACCGCCCCGGACCCCCAUUCCUGCGGCUGCAGCGGCUGGAGGAGCAGGUUCGCCGGCUGCGGGAGGUGACACUGAACCAUCUCCAGAGCAUCGCCAGGAACUACAACAUCUCCUACAACAUCGACGGACGUUUCCAGGCGCUGGCAGAGCAAGCGGAGGCAGCGGCCAGUGCUCGGGCUGCCCUGGGAGCCAAACUGGCCCGCUUGGCCACCGCCGGCCGGCGGCUCCAUCGCAGGCUGAAACGGCUGGAGGGGACAGUGGGUGCCCUGAGGCUGCCGCACCUCCUGGUCACCCCCCCACCCAGCCUGCCGCGCGCUGCCUGGAGCUGGGGCAGCCGGCUGGAGCGGGAACUGCAGGGCAGGGUGGCCCCCAGCACCCCCAGCACCCCCAGUUCUUGGCGCCUGAAGGCGAGGCGGGAGCAGCAAGGCCAGCAGGAGGAAGGGCACGGGCUGCCCGCCCAUGCCGCGCCUGGUGGGGUGCCUGGGGAGGAUGUGGACCCCCCUCGGGAUGCAGCACCAGCAGCCCAACAAGCACCCUUGCUCCCCACCGUGACCACGGUCCCCCAGGCGCCAGCUGCCCGGCAGCCAGGAGAGGGCAGGUACUGCCCCCCUGCGCCGGCGCCCACCUCCCCAGCCUGCCUCUCCGGUGCCGUCCUGCUCUUCCCCAACACCUCCCAGGGGCACACGGCUGUCCUGGGGCUGGGCUCACACCGGGGGCUGCGGGGGCUGUCUCUCUGCUCCUGGCUGGCCACCCCGGCCCCCCGCCUCGGGGCUCUCCUCUCCUACACCAGCGGGGACGGUGGCAGCGAGCUGUCCCUGAGCGGUGGGGACAGCCCUGGCUCCGCACGCCUUGUCCUCGGAGGCAGGGAAUUCCGGGAGCUCCCCGUGGUCCCGCUCCUGGAUGGCAGGUGGCACCACCUCUGCCUCACCUGGUCCUCCGGCCAGGGCCAGUACCGCUUCUAUGUGGACAGGAGGCUGCUGGCUGCCGGCUCGGGUUUCCAGCGGGGCUACGAAAUUCCCACUGGUGGCUUGCUGGUGCUGGGCGGGGAGCAGGACGGCGACGGCAGGGGCUUGGGGGCUGCAGACGCUUUUGUGGGUGGCCUGGCUGGCUUUGCUCUCUGGAGCCGGGCUCUCUUGCCUGGGGAGGUGGCCAGGAUGGCAAUGGGGAGGUUGCCCCGUGGCCCCCUCCUCAGGCUGGCUGGUGCCUCCCCGCGGAGCCCGGUGUGUCCGCGGCGCCGAGCCCGGCAGCGGGAGCCGUGCCCGGUCCCGGCGGCCGCAGAGGGUUCACGGUGCUGGUGCCGGCACGGGCUGCGUCCUCCUGGGGUGAAGGGACCCCAGGCAGGGCGGGGAUCUCAGGACCGGGACGGCGGGAGGUGGGGAAAGAGGUGGGACCCUGUGGCAGUGCCUGUCCCCGAGCCAGGUGGUGGGCUCCUGUCCCCAGAGGAUGCACAGCCCCAGCGUCCCUAUUAA